AUGAGUGAAUCACCCGGUUCGGAACAACGGUCGAAGCGAAGGCGCAUCGAUAAGCAUGGCCGGUUUGCCGCACUGGAACGGUUGAAGAAACAGAAGGAGGUCGGCACCAAGAACAAGUACGAGGUGGAUAAAAUUGAAAAUGUGUACGACGAGGUGGACGAGAAGGAGUACGCUAAGAUCGUCAACGAGCGAAUGCACGACGAUUGGGUCGAGGAUGACGAUGGUUUUGGAUACGUGGAAAACGGGCGUGAAAUCUUCGACGAUGAUGAACUGGAACCGCAAAGCGCCUCGAACCGUGCGGCAAACAAAAAAGGCAAAGGAAACAAACGUGUCCGCGAUGGUCCUGGUAACGCUAGUGAACCAGUCACCGGGAGGAAAUCGCUUAAAAAAUACUUCAACCGUGAGCAAGCGCCCAAAGCGAAGGUGGAAGAUGAUGAUGCGUUGGCAGAUAUUUUGGGAGAAAUCAAUUCGGAAGGCGGCAAUGCAAACGGUACGGCUUCGACCAGCACGACGGAAAUUCGCCCGUUGCUCAUGACGAAAGCGGUACCAGUUAAACCGAAAGAACUUACAGCUGAGGAGGAAAUGAAACGGUACAUGGCAAACUUGAGUAAGAAUUUGAAACGCACAGAGAAGAAAGCGGUAGUCGAGGAGGACAGUGAUGAGGAGAUGUUGAAAAAUGUGAUGGCCGCAUCGGAGGGUAAGACGGUGAGCAAAAAGGCUCCAGCGCCACAGACUAAGAUGGAUCAACCACUACCGAAGUCGGUAGCAGUGCGAGUCGAACCUGUCACUAUUAACCAAGAGUCUGUGGCACCAACGGAACAGGUUCCAAAGAAACCGGAAACACCCAUCCAAGAACUAGCGGUUGAGAGCCAUUUUCUAGAUGAUAUGGAUGAUGAAUUUGCCGAAAUGUCAACAGUGGAACCGACCGCCGAAAAAUCAAAACCCGAAGAAAACAAGGUGGAAGAACCGGACGAAGUCAUUCCGAAGAAUUUACUAAACGGUUGGGAUAGUAUAUUUUGCGACAUCGAAGACGGCAAGAAGGGCGGAGCGGCCGACACGGAAGCCGUGGACGGUACCGGCGAAAUGGACUCCAGCACAGAGAUGAAGUUUUGGUUCUGGGACGCAUGGAACGAUCCGAACAAAUGCCAGGGUGAGCUGUAUCUGUUUGGCAGGAUUGCGUCGGGCAACCGCGAUUACCAGUCAAUCUGCGUACAUGUACAAAAUGUCGAACGGUGCAUUUAUUUGCUGGCCCGCGAGACAAAUACGGAAACCGGCCAACCGGUCAGCUUGCUGGACGUGUACGAUGAGUUCUGUAACGAUAUCAGCACCAAGCUGAACAUUACCAAAUAUCGGACGAAAAAGGUGACCAAAAGCUUCGCCUACACGAGUGCCACCAGCACGCUGAAGGUACCGGUCAUGUGCGACUAUCUGGAGGUACGGUACAGUGCCAAAUUGCCACCGCCACCGCUCGACAAACGCUAUCGUACGAUUGCGCACAUUUUCGGCGCCAACACGAACGUGGUGGAACAGUUUCUGCUCGAGCGCAAGGUAAAGGGACCGUGCUGGAUGGUGCUUAGCAACGCAACGCGCCGUGAAACGAAAACCAGCUGGUGCAAGCUGGAAGUGACCGUGCCGGACAUUGAUUGCAUUAAGCUUGCCAGCGAUACGGCUAUGCCACCACCGCUCGUCUUUUGCUCGAUCAAUGUGCGCAGCACGCUCCGAAACAACACGAACGAGAUCGUGAUGAUCACGAUGCUCGUGAACGAUCGGUUCUCGCUUAGUGCACCACCACCGAACCCGCCGUUUAACCGGCAGUACUGUGGCGUCACCCGGCCAUCGAACACGGUUUGGCCGCUCAAUUUCAAUCCGGUCGAAUGCAAGGCGAAGGUAACCAAAUGCGAAAGCGAACGAACGCUGCUGAGCUGGUUCCUUUCCACGUUCCAAGUGAUCGAUCCGGAUCUGGUGGUUACGUUCGAUUCGGAGGACUUCCAGCUGGAUCUCAUCUGUCAGCGGCUUAUGACGACCAAGAUGACGCUCUGGAACCGUAUCGGACGGUUGAAGGUGAAGAGUCCGGCUAGUCGGCGGGUGGACGAUUUCUUUGUGGGGCGUAUGAUCUGCGACGUGAAGACGUCCGCGGAAGAGUUGAUCCGGUCGCGUAGCUACGACUUGAAUACACUCUGCACGGAGGUGCUAAAAAUUGGAGAGGGCGAGCGAAAGGACGUGCUGUUGGAUGAGAUUCCGGCCAUGUACGAGCAGGCAGAAACACUCGUCCAGCUGGUGGGCCUUACGAUGCAGGACAACUUUUACACGCUGAGGUUGAUGUGCGAACUGAACGUGUUGCCCCUGGCGCUGCAGAUCACGCAGAUAGCGGGCAAUUUGAUGAACCGUACCCUGCACGGUGGACGCGCGGAACGGAACGAAUUUCUGCUGCUGCAUGCGUUCUACGAUAAGGACUACAUCCUACCGGAUAAGGUCACAUUUCAGCCUGGAGGGCGUAAAGAGGGCAAAGGUGGCGCUCCUGGUGAGGAAACGGCAGAGAAGCGUAAGCCCAAGAAUAAGGCCGCAUAUGCCGGUGGAUUAGUGCUGGACCCCAUCAAGGGAUUCUACGACAAGUUUGUGCUGCUCAUGGACUUUAACUCACUGUACCCGAGCAUCAUUCAGGAGUACAACAUCUGCUUUACGACCGUACUCCCACCGAUGGUGGAUGAAGGCGCACCAGAAGGUGCGGAUGGAGAAGUGCUCGAACCAACCAUACUUGCCACGAACGAGAUUGCGAUCCUGCCGAGACAGAUUCGAAAGUUGGUCGAAAGCCGACGCGCUGUAAAGCAGCUUAUGAAGGAGCCCGAUGUGUCGCCGGAGCUGGCCAUGCAGUACAACAUACGGCAGAUGGCAUUAAAGCUGACGGCAAACUCACUGUACGGGUGUCUCGGCUAUUCCCGGUCGCGGUUCUUCGCGCAGCAUCUGGCCUCACUGAUCACGCAAAAGGGACGUGAGAUCCUGAUGAACACCAAGUCGAUCGUGGAGCGAAUGAACUAUCAGGUGAUCUACGGCGAUACGGACAGUAUCAUGAUCAGCACGAACAUUACCGACUACGAGCAGGUGUUUCGCAUCGGGGCAAACAUUAAACAGCACGUUAACAAAGCGUACCGGUGUCUGGAACUGGACGUGGACGGCAUCUACAAGUAUCUGUUGCUGCUGAAGAAGAAAAAGUAUGCGGCGGUGUCCAUCAGCAAGAAGGCAGACGGUGCGUUUGUGUGCAGUCAGGAGCUGAAAGGUUUGGACAUUGUGCGGCGUGACUGGUCCCGCAUUGCGGUGCUUGCGGGCAAUAUGAUCCUCGGUCAGAUACUGUCCGAUGCACCGAUGGACGAACGUAUCGAAAACAUUCAUGUACGGUUGGAGAAGCUGAAGGAUGAUCUACUAGCGGGCACGCUGUCGUUGCAGUUGCUCGAAAUUACCAAGCAGCUAACGAGAUCGCUGAACGAGUAUGGCGAUAUUGGACAGUUGCCGCACGUGCAGGUAGCACAGCGCAUGAACAAGCAGCGCAACCGGAACUACAAACGGGGCGACAUGGUGAACUACAUCAUCUGCCAGGAUGGUACGUCGGCACCGGCCAUGAAGCGUGCGUACCACAUCGACGAGCUACGCGAUCCAGCCAAUGCCGAACGGUUGAAGGUGGACGUUGAGUACUACCUGGCGCAGCAGAUCCAUCCGGUCGUGUUUCGCAUAAGUGAACCGCUUGAGGGCACCGAUGCCUGCCGGCUUGCGCUAUGUUUAGGGCUUGACCCGAAAAAGUAUCGCGCGAUAGCGAACGUUGGCGGUGGUGGUGGCGGCGGUGGUGUCGAUGGACAACAGUAUCAAGAUGGCGAGAACCUUAUCAAAACGGCAACGGAACGGUAUCGGUUGUGCCAUCGGUUCGAGUUUACGUGUGUUGCCUGCAAGGGCAAAAAUCCCGUAGCGAGUGGAUUCCGCCCAUCGGCUGCCGGCCGACAACGGUCGGUGUUUGAACAGUGCGCUAAUGAAGAGACGGGCGGCUGUAAGGCACAACCGGUCCAAUAUUUGCCGGCGAUUGUGAACGAGCUAACGCUGGCCAUUCGGGCGGACAUACGGCGAUUCUACCAGCGAUGGAUGGUGUGUGACAAUCCGAUAUGUAAUGGCAACACGCGACUGUAUUCGCACGUGGCGACCAAGAACAAUCCAUACUGUUUGCUGUGCCGGAACGGAUUGCUUGUGCUGCAGUACUCCGAGACGGAUCUGUACAACCAGCUGUGCUACUAUCUGUACAUGUUCGAUUUGGAGCAGUAUAGUCCGAAAUUAACAAAAGCUCUGUCCCCGGAUAUUCGCAACAUGUAUAACCGGCUGAAAGAAACCGUUGAGCGGUUCCAGCAGCGGUCCAAGUACGGUAUGGUUAAUCUGUCCAGCUUCUACAUGGAAUAUGCCGUCCCGGCACCGAAACAAUCGGAUAAGGUUGGUGAACCGUUGAAGUAUCUGUACCCAGCGAAGGAUAUUACUGCCAUGCUGGCCAAACGACUGGACGCCGUAGACGGAACGGGCAAUGCAGUGAAAAGUGAACCGAUGGACCGUAGCACGUCACUGCUGCACGAGAAACUGAUACAAUGGAAGCUAUAUCUGAGCUAA